CACCGUCCGAUAAGCUGAAAGAGAUGCAGAAGUUUUUCGGGCUUAAGGUCACUGGAACUCUGAAUAAAGAAACACUGGAGGUGAUGAAGAAGCCCCGCUGUGGAGUUCCAGAUGUUGCUGCGUACUCCACAUUUGAAGGCAAACCCAAAUGGCAGAAAAACAAGCUCACCUACAGAAUCGUGAACUACACCCCUGACAUGUCAAUACCUGAAGUGGAUGAAUCCAUAAAGAAAGCCCUGCAGGUCUGGGCCAAUGUCACUCCUCUGAGAUUCACUCGUAUCAACAAAGGCACAGCUGACAUCAUGAUCUCCUUUGCUACAAGGGAUCAUGGCGAUGCUCAGCCAUUUGAUGGACCACAAGGCACUUUGGCUCAUGCUUUUGCUCCUUCUCCUGGAAUCGGUGGAGAUGCACAUUUCGAUGAUGAUGAGUUUUUCACCUUGGGCUCAUCAAAAGGUCAUGUCCUGUUCUUGGUGGCUGCACAUGAGUUUGGUCACUCUUUGGGUCUUUCUCAUACUAACGUUCCUGGCGCUCUGAUGUUUCCCACAUACAGCUUUACUGAUCCGGAUAGUUUCUCUCUGUCCAGUGAUGACAUCAGUGGGAUUCAGUCGCUCUAUACGUAACCGGCCUCAAACAUGGAAGGAUGAGAGCUAGUAACUGUAGGAAAUGAUAAGAUACACACAGAUUAGAAUCUACAGUGUUCUGGCGCUUUCUUUAAUGUCUUUUUCCUUUUUCUUACUUUUUUUUCUCCUCUUGCAAAUAACAGGCAAGUAUAACACGUUUGAAAUCAUAACUAUUAACAAUAUUCCUUUACAGGUCAUGCUUUCUGGACAAGUCAAUUCACAGCAUUUAAACUGAUGUCCAUUAAGUCGGCGAAUGAUGCAUUUGAACAUUUCUGUUUGGUUGUACAUUUUUAUGCAACAAUAAACAUCUAGAUACAACUAAA